AUGAUCAUAGCAGUGGUGGGGUGCACGCACGGAGAGCUGAAUUUCAUUUACGCGACGAUAGAAAAGCUGGAAAAGGACAAUAACUUCAAAGUGGACCUACUGAUCUGUUGUGGAGACUUCGAAUGUGUACGUUACGGAGUGGAUAACGAUUGUCUCAACGUCCCAAAUAAAUACAAGAAGGAAGAAAAUGAUUUCAGGGAUUACUUCACAGGAAAAAAGAAAGCAAAAGUAUUGACCAUAUUUAUUGGAGGAAAUCACGAAGCGGUCAACGUACUCAAGCAACUCUACUACGGAGGAUGGGUAGCACCAAACAUAUAUUUCCUUGGAUAUUCAAAUGUACAUAAUAUCAAUGACUUCCGAAUAUGCAGUCUUAGUGGUAUCUACAAAAAAUAUAAUUUUUACAAGAAGUACAAUGAGCAUUAUCCAUAUGAUGAGAUCAGCAAGGUGAGUUCGUAUCACAUUAGAAAAUAUGAAAUUGAGAAAUUAAAAUUGGUGAAGGAGAAAAUAGAUAUAGUUGUAACACACGAUUGGCCAAAUAAUAUUGAAAAACAUGGAGAUGUUAAUGACCUUGUUAGGAGGAAAUUUCAUUUUCAAUCAGAUAUAUAUAAUAAUACACUUGGAAAUCCACACACGGAAUUUUUACUAAAUAAAUUAAAACCCUAUUUCUGGUUUUCUUCUCAUUUACACGUAAAAUAUUCUGCCAUUUUUUUACACAAUAAAGCGGAACCCAGGAAACACUUCAUUCAAAUUUUGAAUAUUGAGAAAAGGAACAAUAUUCCAUAUCUAUCGUUUGAUCAUUUGCCCAAGUCUUCUGCGAAUGACCCGGAUGGGAAGAGCCAUUUUUUUAAUGAGGACUAUGAGGAGUUGCUGCAGCAUGUGGAGGAUGUGCAGCGCAGGGACGCUGAGGAGGGUGGCAAGGGGCACAGCGGGAGCAAGGGACAGCCAAAGGGUGGUCGGGGGGGAGAAGCGGAGACGGGGCGAGCACCGGGGGAAGCGGCCCCUACGGAGAACACUCAGGAGAACACCACUCGGGAGGACAACACUCGGGAGAACACCACUCAGGAGAGCACCACUCGGGAGAGCACCACUCGGGAAAACACCACCCAGGAGAACACCACUCAGGAGGACAACACUCAAGAGACCGCCCCUCAGGAGACCGCCCCGCAGGAGGGCGCCACUGCAGAGCGCAAGCAGCUGUACAUAUGCUACGACGAGGAGUGGCUAGCCAUUUUGAAGGCCAACCACCACCUCGUCUCGGAAGGCUGCGACAAGGAUUACAAUUUGGAGAAGCUCAAAUACCCCUCCAAGGAGGACUUUGAGUAUAUCCGGGACAAGCUGAAAAAGCUGGAAAAAAUAUCAAUCAAGGGCAAGGACUAUUAUUUGGUUCACGGUCACAACAACCCCAGUUAUAAGCACCUGUGGGAGCAGAGGCAGCUCUUUCUGAGUCGCUUCGAUUUCGAGGAGCUCAGAAUGUACGACGAUUUCGAGCGUUUGUUUUUCGCGGAGGAGGUGCGCAAGAUGGACGCCGGGUUGCCACUGGACCCCCCCAAAGUGGAGGAAGAUGAGGAGGAUGGGGAAGACGAUGAACCGGAAGAACCAGGACAGAAUAACCAAAUCGAUGAACUCGGUGGGGGCAGCCACAACGGGGACAAUGCCCCCCAUUCGGGGAACAAGCCCAACGUAGAAGAUACCAGUGAGACCAACGAAAUUUCCCUUAGUAUCGACUGCUGA